AUGGACUCUCUAGCUACUGCUGUUAAGGAUCAACAGAACUUUAACAAGGUCUUAGAGUCUCAGAUGACUCAAAUUGCUGCUUCUAUUAAUUCUUGUUAUUCCUCAAAUGCGGUGUCCACGAGAGGGGGUAAGACCACUCGUGAUCCACCAUAUCCUAACAUGACAAGGAAACCGGCAAGGAAGGACAAGCAGGAUGAAGAAGACAAUGUAGAAGAAGUAGAGCUUCCAUCAACAGAAGAAAGUACCAAGUUCAAUGGGAAAGUGGCAACACAUGAGUUCUACGAAACAAACCUACUGAUACGAUUACCUAGGACAAGGACUCAAAAGACCGAUGAACAAUUCGGCAAAUUUGUUGAGGUAAUUCAACAAUUAUAUGUCAAUAUCCCGUUACUUGAUGCAAUGCAAGUUCCAACCUACACCAUGUACCUGAGAGACAUCCUCAACAACAAGAAGCCGCUGCCUAAAACCGCGAUAACUAAACUAAUUGAAGAAUGCAGCGAAGUCAUCUUGAAUAAAUUCCCAGAGAAGAAGAAGGACCCCGGGUGCCCCACCAUUGAUUGCUCCAUCGGGACACAACACUUUGAGCAUGCACUGUGCGACUUGGGAGCAAGCAUCAGUGUCAUGCCAAAGGUAAUUUUUGACAAGUUAAAUCAUACUACCUUGUGCCCUACAUCAAUAUAUUUGCAGCUAGUAGAUCAGUCGAUUCGCCAUUUAGCAGAAGUAGCUGAGAACAUCACUGUCAAGAUACGUGAUUUCCUCGUUCCUGUGGAUUUCGUAGUUCUUGACAUGGAAGUUGACAAGAAGGUCCCCCUCAUCCUUGGGAGACCAUUCCUCAGCACUGCCAAGGCACAUAUUGAUGUUGGAGCCGGCAAAAUUCAAUUCACCAUCAAUGGGGCCCAGGAGAAAUUCAACUUCAAGCCAAAAGUUGAGCAGUGCUCAAUGAUCUUGGCUAUAGAGCUGGCUACAAUUAUUGCCCUGAUGCACACCAAAAAGAAGGCUAAAUCAAAACCACGGGCAAAAGCCAAGCAAAUAUGGAAGAGAAAAAUAGUGCCUCCACCCAAGAAGGCCUCUACAACACCUCAGGGAGGUCCUGAUGAAAGGACCUGA